CCCCGAGCGCCCAGGAUGCGGGCGCCGGCCAGGGAGCUGUUCCGAGACGCCGACUUCCCCGCCUCGGACUCCUCACUGUUUUCCAGCUUCUCCACGCCGCUGGCCCAGUUCCGGGAGGACAUCACGUGGAGGAGGCCCCAGGAGAUCUGUGCCACACCCCGGCUGUUUGCAGAUAACCCACAGGAAGGACAGGUGAAGCAAGGGCUGCUGGGAGACUGCUGGCUCCUGUGCGCCUGUGCUGCCCUGCAGAAGAGCCGGCGCCUCCUGGACCAGGUCAUUCCUCCAGGACAGCCGAGCUGGCUCGACCCAACGUACCGCGGCUCCUUUACCUGUCGAGUUUGGCGGUUUGGACGCUGGGUGGAGGUGACCAUAGAUGACCGUCUGCCUUGUCUUGCAGGGAGACUCUGCUUCUCCCGGUGCCAGAGAGAGGAUGUGUUCUGGCUUCCCUUACUGGAGAAGGUCUACGCCAAGGUCUAUGGGUCCUAUGAGCACCUGUGGGCCGGGCAGGUGGCGGAUGCCCUGGUGGACCUCACCGGUGGCCUGGCGGAAAGGUGGAGCUUGAAGGACUUGGCAAGGACCGGCGGCCGACGGGACAGGCCUGACGGCUCAGAGCACAGGACUUGUCGGCAGCUACUCAGCCUCAAGGACCGGUGCCUGAUAAGCUGCUCGGUGCUCAGUCCCAGAGCAGGUGCCAGGGAGUUGGGGGAGUUUCAUGCCUUCAUUGUGUCGGAUCUGCGAGAGCUCCGGGGGCGGACUGGCCAGGCCAUCCUGCUGCUGCGCAUUCAGAACCCCUGGGGCCGGCGGUGCUGGCAGGGGCCCUGGAGAGAGGGGGGCGAAGGGUGGAGCCGGGUGGACCCGGCGGAUGAGGCUACACUGCUGUCCCAGCUGCAGGAAGGGGAGUUCUGGGUGGAAGAGGAGGAGUUCCUCCAGGAGUUUGAUGAGGUCACCGUGGGCUUCCCGAUCACGGAGGCUGGACACCUACAGAGCCUCUACUCAGAAAAGGAGCUGUGCCACACUCAGGAGCUACCGGGGGCCUGGGUCAAGGGGCAGUCUGCAGGAGGCUGUCGGAACAACAGCGGCUUUCCCAGCAACCCCAAAUUCUGGCUGCGGGUCUCGGAACCAAGUGAGGUGUAUGUUACCGUCCUGCAGAGACCCAGGGUGCGCACGGCAAACUGGGCAGGCCGGGCUCGGGCACCGUUGAGGGACGACCGCGCCUCAUGGACCCCGGCCAGCCUCCUGGGCAAGGACUACCAGGCCGUGGGCCUGCAUAUCUGGAAGGUGGAGAAGCGGCGGGUCAGCCUGCCCAGGGUCCUGUCCACGCCCCCCGUGGCUGGCACUGUGUGCCACGCCUACGACCGGGAGGUCCACCUCCGCUGUGAACUCGGCCCCGGCUACUACCUGGCCGUCCCCAGCACCUUCCUGAAGGACGUGCCGGGGCAGUUUCUGCUCCGGGUCUUUUCCAGUGGGAGAGUCUCCCUCAGUGCCAUCAAGCCGGCGACCGCGAGCCCUGCCUCCGGGGAGGCCCUGCCCGCAGGGGAGUGGGAGACCGUGCAGCUGCGGGGCUCUUGGAGAAUCGGCCAGACGGCGGGGGGCAGCAGGAACUUCGCCUCCUACCCUACCAACCCUUGCUUCCCCCUCUCGGUCCCCGAGGGCACAGGGCCCCGCUGCAUCCGAAUCACUCUGCGCCAACACUGCCGUGACAGCGAGUGCCACCCCAUCGGCUUCCACGUCUUCCAGGUUCCGGUGGAUGGCGGGAGCCAGGGCGCGUCCCGCCUGCUGCUCCAGGACCCUCUGCUAAGCUGUGUGCCACACUGCUACGCCCAGGAAGUGAGCCGGCUCUGCCACCUGUCGGCGGGGACCUACAGGAUUGUGCCCUCCACCUACCUGCCAGACACAGAAGGGGCCUUCACGGUGACCAUCGCCACCAGAAUAGACAGGCGCUCCAUUCACAGCCAGGAAAGGCUGGGGCAGCUUCUCCAGGAGGCCUCCUUCAUGGCAGUUAUGAAAACCUAA